GGGGCUGCCGGGGCCGCCGGAGCCGCUGAGAACCAGGGAGGAGCCGGGCCAGCCAUGAGCCCCUGCAGGAAUCUGCCGGGGAGCGAGUGGCCUGGAGUCCUCUCGCCCCUUCGGCUCCGGAGGGAGAGGUGAGCGCCGGGCAGCCCGCCCCGCCAGCCAGAGGUGCCGAGAGCCCUGGGCCUGUCAUGGUGGCCGGCUGCAGCCGGCCUGAGGCCCUCCCAGCCGGGUUUGCAGCUGAGCCUGUUUGUCUGCUGUGGGAAGAAGAUGGGGAGUUACUUGUCCGUCCCAGCUUACUUCACCUCCAGGGACCCGUUUCGGUGCUCCGAGUGCCAAGACUCCCUCACCAACUGGUACUAUGAGAAGGAUGGGAAGCUGUACUGCCACAAGGACUACUGGGGGAAGUUCGGGGAGUUCUGCCAUGGGUGCUCCCUGCUGAUGACGGGGCCUGUGAUGGUGGCCGGAGAGUUCAAGUACCACCCAGAGUGCUUUGCGUGCAUGAGCUGCAAGGUGAUCAUCGAGGAUGGGGACGCAUACGCUCUGGUGCAGCAUGCCACCCUCUACUGCGGGAAGUGCCACAAUGAGGUGGUGCUGGCCCCCAUGUUUGAGAGGCUGUCCACGGAAUCCGUGCAGGACCAGCUGCCCUACUCCGUCACGCUUAUCUCCAUGCCGGCCACCACCGAGGGCAAGAGGGGCUUCUCCGUGUCCGUGGAGAGUGCCUGCUCCGACUACGCCACCACGGUGCAAGUGAAAGAGGUCAACCGGAUGAACAUCAGCCCCAACAACCGCAACGCCAUCCAUCCCGGGGACCGCAUCCUGGAGAUCAAUGGGACCCCUGUCCGCACUCUGCACGUGAACGAGGUGGAGGAUGCGAUUAGCCAGACGAGCCAGACGCUUCAGCUGUUGAUUGAACAUGACCCCGUCUCCCAGCGCCUGGACCAGCUGCGACUGGAUGCCCGGCUCUCCCCGCACAUGCCGAAUGCUGGACACUCGCACACACUCAGCACCCUGGACACCAAGGAGAACCUGGAGGGGACGCUGAGGAGACGCUCCCUGAGGCGCAGUAACAGCAUCUCCAAGUCCCCUGGCCCCAGCUCCCCAAAGGAGCCCCUGCUGCUCAGCCGAGACAUCAGCCGCUCCGAAUCCCUGCGCUGCUCCAGCAGCUGCUCCCAGCAGAUCUUCCGGCCGUGUGACCUGAUCCACGGGGAGGUCCUGGGGAAGGGCUUCUUUGGGCAGGCCAUCAAGGUCACACACAAAGCCACAGGCAAAGUGAUGGUCAUGAAGGAGUUGAUUCGGUGUGACGAGGAGACACAGAAGACGUUCCUGACCGAGGUGAAAGUGAUGCGCAGCCUGGACCACCCCAACGUGCUCAAGUUCAUCGGCGUGCUGUACAAGGACAAGAAGCUGAACCUGCUCACGGAGUACAUCGAGGGCGGCACCCUGAAGGACUUCCUGCGCAGCGUGGAUCCGUUCCCCUGGCAGCAGAAGGUCAGAUUUGCCAAAGGCAUCGCCUCCGGAAUGGCCUAUUUGCAUUCCAUGUGCAUCAUCCACCGGGAUCUGAACUCGCACAAUUGCCUCAUCAAGUUGGACAAGACCGUGGUGGUGGCAGACUUUGGGCUGUCCCGGCUGAUCGUGGAAGAGAGGAAAAGGCCCCCGGUGGAGAAGGCCACCUCCAAGAAACGGACCUUGCGCAAGAAUGACCGCAAGAAGCGCUACACGGUGGUGGGAAACCCCUACUGGAUGGCCCCCGAGAUGCUGAACGGAAAGAGCUACGACGAGACGGUGGACGUCUUCUCCUUCGGAAUUGUUCUCUGUGAGAUCAUUGGGCAGGUGUAUGCGGAUCCCGACUGCCUGCCCCGCACACUGGACUUCGGCCUCAACGUAAAGCUUUUCUGGGAGAAGUUUGUCCCCACAGACUGCCCGCCAGCCUUCUUCCCCCUGGCUGCCAUCUGCUGCAAACUGGAGCCCGAGAGCAGGCCGGCCUUCUCAAAACUGGAGGACUCCUUCGAGGCCCUCUCUCUGUACCUGGGGGAGCUGGGCAUUCCGCUGCCGGCAGAGCUGGAGGAGCUGGACCACACUGUGAGCAUGCAGUACGGCCUGACCCGGGACUCGCCUCCCUAGCCCCGGGCCAGCCCCCUGCAGGGGGGCGUGCCCCAGCCCGCCUUGCCCCCUCUGCGCCCGACCCCUGCAGUGAGCAGGGCCGUCCUGGCUUCCUGUGGAUUGGCGGCUUGUCUAGAAGCAGAACAAGCCAUCCCUACUACCUCCCCAGGAGGCAAGCAGGUGCAGCGCCAGGGACGUGCACCUCCACAGGUUCCGGAGCCUGGUUACUGUCGCUCAAUCCAACACUCGCCUCAAAGCUGUGAAGAAGAGACACGAGCCUGGACCCUGGGCCAGGAGGAAUAUGUUACGUGGGACCACUCGGGGACUCCCUGCCCUGGGAUCCCGGGAGGCUCCUGCUUACACUAAUCGGCAUGACCUGGACCUGCUGGGCAGUGUCCCGGGGUGAACCUACCCGUGGGUGCAGGAGGACUUCAAGUGGGCGUGUGGACGAAAGACCGAUGGCCAGUGACACUGGGAGAGCGUGAGAGGACAGUGGUGCUCCCCGUGUGCCCUUCAGGUCCUGCCCUCCCCGGGGCAGAGGGGAAGGGAGCAGGCCUUGAAGAGUCCCUUAGUCAAGUGGCCAGGAGGCAAGGAUAGGAGGGCUGGUUUCUGCUCACCUGCCAGGGGGUGGCUCGCGCCAGCCCUGGGACCGUAUCAGAGUGGGGGGAGGGUGGGGCUCCCACAGGCCAGGGACCACAUCACAUUUUCAAACUCUACUACUGGAGGCUGGCUGAGAAGUUUCUGGGUGACAUCCUUUCUGUCUGCACCAAGCAAGUCACCCACGAGCACAGGAAGAGGCUGGGGGCUGGGAAUAAAGAGGCCCUGCCCAUGUCCUAGCUCCUGUCACUCAGGCCUUGGAGGGCUCCUCAGGCAGACCCCUAAGACACACUGGCUGGAGCUGGAUGGUUUCCGGAGGACAGCCUGGCUUGCCACAGGCCUGGGGUCUGAGGCUGGGGAGUGGGCGUCGGCAGUGUCACCCUUCUGUGUGCCUGGUCCAGGUAGCAGCUUGAGUUGGAGAGGCAGAGUCCCAGAGCUGAGAUGCUGGGAGACAGCUCCCUGACUGGGCCUUCUACCUCCUCUGUUGGCUGGCCCAACUCACUAGCCCCUGGCCACAGCCCCCUGAGCCACCCUGGAGGACAAGGGCACUGGACAGCCUGAGGUCCCCCCCACCUGGGCUCCCAGAGCUCCGGGGAUUCUUCAGUAUGACUUGGAUUUGCCUCCUAAGUGGCUGUGAGCUUGCACCAUAUUUAACAAGUGGGGAGUGGGUUUGGGGUGGUUGUACUGUGGGGAGGGGGUGUGACCCUGGAGAGUGGUUGCUGUUAAUAUUCCCUUGUUCCAUCUGCUGGGUGAGACGGGAAAUGUUGUACAUAGACCUGACGAGUGGCGGGAUCAGAUGUCAUCUCUGGCGACGCAGACUGUCCUCGCGUGUGCAGCUCGCCAGCUUGCUGUAGGGUCGAGCCCCGGACUCGCGGCAGCAGCCUGGCUCAGCCUCAUGGUGCUUGCGCCUCAGCUGUCUCCAGCAAGCACGGGAGUGGUGGGCCUGAGCUGGGCCGUUGAGCAGACUAAAUAAAGUAAGCGGUGAACCUAA